AUGCCAGGUGUUGGAGUUUUUGUCUCUAUCCACGACGACGAUGGAGUCUAUAAACACUGGGCUGUUUUCAUCGAUGGUAUCAAUGACAAGGCCUUGCUUCAUGUCAAGGGCUCUGAUGGUCGAUUUCGCUACGAGCCGGAGACAAGGGAUGCGCGACGCUCAAAAAGCCUUGUGGAACUAGUCCACCUCUGUAACGUUGAUGUCGCCAAGAUCAGCGAAAUCAAGGCUGUUGCGGGCCAAGUCAUUGUGAGAAAUGAGUCUCGGGGCUGGAACUGCCAGGACUAUGUGCUUGAACUUCUCGAAGCUUUGGAAGAAAAAGGACUUGUGGGGGGUGAUGUGCACUAUUUCGAGCAGAAAGCCUAUCUUGAAGCACAGUUGGAAGGACUGGCCUAG